GAGCAUGGUCAAAACAGAUGAUAUAUUUAUCGUAUGCUUUAUAAGCGUAUUGUCUUCUUUCUUAUGAGCAUAAAAUUAUGAGAAAGAAUUUGCACCAUCGGUUUGUUUAAAAAAUACUCUAAGCUUUCAUCUUUUGAAGCCACUUGAUUUGGAUCCCAUUUUCUCGGAACAUUGAGCAAUUUUGAUUUUAGGAUGGAGAUACUGGAGAUGUAUAGCCAUGUCAAUACUGCCAUUCCUUCGGCUUUGUCUAUGGAUCAUUUGUGGUAUCUCCCAUGAUUAUUUUCUCUUGCUUCUUUAACUGGUUUAUGAUAUUGUUUGUCAUCCUUAUCGUUUUUUUUCAAGUUUUGUGGAUCAGGAUUCGUGCUUUUAAGAACGUUUGGAUUUGUAUGUUGAAUCCUCCUCUUAUUUUACUUGUGUCAUGCUCGGGACAGUACUUAUUCCAUGGCUCUACAUUGAUACUUGGUUAGCUCCUUCUAUAUAUCAUCAUUGGAUAGCAUGCUUUUUUGAAGGAAGAGAUAGUUGUUGUGGUGUUAUAUUAAGAGAUGGAUACGUUUUUCUAGUUAAAUUGUUCUAUGUCUCUAAGCAGAAGUUCAACUUGAUGCUGAAAGAUCUUGUAUAGAUCAUCGACCAUCUUUUCUAGGUUAUUGUUUCUCGUGAAUUAUUUUACAAGCAUGUAAGUUAGAGUUAUGAAGGAGUGUAUUGAUCCGUUGGGCAAGUUCAUGUACCGUUGCAUGACGGUUCUUGUUAAAGUUGAACCAAAUCCUUGCACAUGGUAGUUUGCAUGAGUUUAUUAUGGAUAAGAUGUAGUAAGCAUUUGUGUUUGUAUUGGGGCCACAUGAUUUUUGUUAUGAAUUUUAGUUGAAAAUUAAUAAUAGUCGAUUCUUCUUUUUAAGAAGUUAAGAAAAAUUUUAUAAGUUUUUAUAGUUGACAUCUAUACUAAAUCAUUUCAUAUAUUUUCUGUAUAGUAAAAUUUUGUCAUUUUAUUUAGAGCCAGAAAGAACAUAAUCCCAGGACAUAGAUCAUUUAUACAAAAAGAGAAAGUUUGUGUCUUACUCGAAUCAUAAGACACAAGGGUGAUGGCUUCUGAAAUGUGAAAUUGUGAGUUGAGUAAAUUGUGUAAAAUUUGUUUUUAUUAUACAGUAACGGAUAAUAAUGUAUUUAUUGCACAUUGCGACAUUAUUGAUACUAGGUGGCACCAGAGAAAGAACAGCAACACCUUUAUCUGCAUGCCACAUCCUCGUCAUGAUCCAUCAUGCAUUAUGUUAUAUACAUACAGCUGUCCACACUAUAGAAUAUAUGUAUGUUGCGUUUAGUGGAGUACAGUUAUUUAAUAAAUACAUUAAAAAUUCUAUAAAUUAAUAUUUGAUAAAUUAAUGAAUAUUAUAGAUUAAUAUUUUUUUCUGAUUUAAAAUCGGAUAAUAUAAAAUAUAACAUAAUUUUAAAAUAUGACAUAAUUUGAUAAUAUCAUAAUAUUUUAAAAACUUUUAGUUAAAUAUAUAGUUUUAUUAAAACCACAAAUUAAAAAAAAAAUUAAAAAAAAUUAAAAAACCACAAAUUAAUAAUUAUUAUAUAUAAUUUUAUAUAAACAUAAAGAAAACAUUUAUUUUUAUUUUAAUUGAAAAUAAAAUAUCAUCUAUAAUUUUACUUAAUUCCAAUAUUUGUGUGUUGAUUAUAUGAUUACAUAUAAAAAGGUAUUUGUGUUGUAUCAUACAUAACAUAUAUCAAAUAUAUCAAAUAAUUUGAUUAAAAUAAAAUAAAUUCAAAUCUAUGAAUUUAAAAUAAUAUAUACAAUAUUGUGAAAUAAAAUACUUUUGUCAUUUUAGGUAAAAAUAUUUGAAACUAUAAAUCUAAAAAAAAUGAAUUAAUAAUUUUAUACAUUAAUAAACUAUCAUAGUUCUAUUAUUAUUAAUAUAUAAAAUUUUUACUGUAUUUUUGCAUACGCAGCCAUUCAUUCCUUUGCAUCAGGAUUUUCAUACAAUCUUUACUAAUUAUACAAAAAAUUUAGAGAUAUUUGGCUUGUUCUCGUAAUGAUUCAAAUAAGUUUGAUUAAACCAUAUAAAAUCCGAUUAUUCUUGAAAUCGAAAAUCAUUAGUUUGAUUAAACCACAUACUGUUAAAGAAGGAAACCUGAUAUUAUAAAUAGAACCAACACAUGAUAACUAAUCUUUUACAAAAAAAAAAAAAACACAUGAGGUGAGAACUAAUGAUUUUGAUUUUUGUAAUUAGAAAAUAAUUAGAGGCUGGAUUAGACGUAUAUAAAAAUGACGCAAGUUUUGGAAGCACAUGAGAACAUGUGCAACAACACACUGUCCCUUUCUUAAAUGCACUCAUUUUCUCUGUCUCCUAAAUUUUUUAUUUUUUAUUUCGUCUUUAGGCAACCUUAUUUCUUAAUAUUUGGUAUAGUCAACAAGUUUUUUUUUUGUCUACCAGGUCCUUAAUUUCUUCAAUUAGGUCCAGAGCAUAGUUUAGUCGGUACCAUUGCCCAUUAGUAAUAAAUAAUACAAAAAUGAAUUAAAGCUUAUAACUUUAUCUAUGGAGAUAAGACAUAUCUUCAUUGGGCCCUUUGGUUGUUAAGCUUUUGUGACAAAAUGUCAAAUAAUGCAAAAGCAAUUUUAACUUUUAGAGAAAAUUGCUCAUAUAAUCCAAAAUAAUUACUAAAAUAUUCUAAUUAAUCUGCUUAUAUUCCCUUUUAUCUAAAUAGUUAUACAAUCACAUGAUAUAAGUAAAUUGAUAUUGAUAUAACUGGUAGAUUUGCUUAAAUAUAGCCUACAUCAAAAUUUAUCUAGAAUUCUAGCUUUAAUAGCAGAACUUAAAUUAUUUAUAUUAAGGCCUAAAAUGAUUAGGCCUAACUUAAAUUAGUUUUUUUAUCAACAUUACUAGGUCUAGGGUUUGAUUGGGAAAUCAUAAGCAUAAGCUCUUUAUUAUACAAUCAACAAAUUUUAGAAAAUCUUUUAAUAACUUUAGAUUAUCCAAAUGCUCUUCACCAAUGUUUUCAUAUGAAAUUUUUAGUAGAAUGUUUACAUUUAAAAAAGAAUAAAAAUAAAAUAACAAUAUAUCACAUUCAAAUAGAAUUUAAUAUAAUUUAUUAUUUUUAAAUAAAAAAUAAUAAUAUACAUAUAUUAAAAAAUUUAUCCAAUAUUUUUGUUUUUAUAUUUAUAUUGUUUAAAAAACAAAAUUUAUCCUCCCGCAACUGCCCGCAACAGUCUGUAACUACAAACGCUAACUGUAACAAACUUUUGAAUUUAUAAGGUUUAGAAUGAUUUAAAGCGGUAUAAUAACCGCUACCAACCGUAAAAGUUACGUUUAUGUGUGGUAGCGGAAAAACCAGUUAUACCCUUAGUCUGACUGCAGUCAGUAUUUAUUAUGUAAGUUGAUUUAUGGCGCAGUAAAUCUUACUUACGAGUUAAAACGGUACUUAUAAAUCUAUUAAAAUGCCCAGGCCCAAGCCCACUAAAAAUUAUAAAGUACACGCUAGCCCAAUUAGUUAGAAUCGGAACAGAUCGAUGAGGUGAGAGUGGUGGUGGUGGUGGUGACUGUAGUCUGUUUAUCAACGGCGAGAACAAAGCUUUCUUCUGAUUCUAAACCCUCUCUCUCAAUUCUUUGCUCGGACAUUGUCUCUAUUAAGAAGCGAAAUGGGUUUACAUCGUCGUAAAGUGCUUUCUUUAUCCUCCGACCAACUCUGAUUGUAUCCAUCUGAUAACGUCUCCUGAGUGAAAAUCGAGCCUUUCUCGGGUUUUGUGCUGCUCCAGCUUUCAACAUUACAGGGUCGAAAGAAGUGCUGAGAGUGCCUUGUAAGGUAUGGACAAAAUCAGUGGACUGUCUGAUGACUUGCUGGUUAAGAUACUAUCCUUUGUUCCGACAAAAGUGGCUGUAUCCACUAGUGUUCUGUCUAAGCGAUGGGAAUGUCGUUGGAUGUGGGUGCCUACCCUCGAAUACGAUGAUUUCGAAGACAUUAAUACUGACAUUAAAGACAUGUAUCGUGUGUCUGUUCACAAGAAUCUCAUAUCACACAGAGCUCCCAUCAUUGAAAGCCUGCGCCUCAAGUUCUGUCUCGGAUCACUUCAACCAGAGGAUAUCAAACAAUGGGUUAGCAUUGCAGUCUCUCGCUGCGUGCGAGUGCUGAGUAUCACCUCCCUUUCCGACGACAAGCCUGAUAGUGCAUUGCCGAGUAGCUUGUACACCUCCAAAACCCUCGUGACUUUGAAACUGGAAGGAAACAAGAUUCUCGUAGAUGUUCCUCCAACAGUUUGUCUCCCUUCCUUGACAACCUUGCAACUGUCAUGUGUGACAUACUUAGAUGAAGCUUCUCUCCGGAUGCUUCUAUCCAACUGCCCCGUUCUGGAAGAUCUGGUUAUUGAAAGGGAUACAGCAGAUGACAACGCGAAAGGGUUAGUAGUUGCUGUCCCGUCCUUGCAGAGGCUAUCGUUGCAGAUAGACGGUGGAUGUUGUUCUUAUGAUGGGUAUGUGAUAGAUACGCCUUCUUUGAUGUAUUUCAAAGUUGAGGAUUACAGAGACAGAGACGGUUUCUCCUAUUUGAUUAAGGAUAUGCCGAAACUGGAAGAGGCAGAUAUCGCUGUUAAGUAUGGUCUCCAAGAGUUUCUCGAAUCAGUCACAUCUGUCAAACGUCUUUCGAUUAAAGUAUUGUUCAACAAUGAAGAAGAGUCUAUGUACUGUUCUUGUAUUGUCUUCAGUCAGCUCCAACGCCUGAAGCUAAGUAUAUGCAAUGACGACUGGUCAAAGUUACUUUUCCGCUUGCUCAAAGAUUCUCCUAAACUCCGAGUCCUCAAUCUCCACCGCGCUUCUCGGUAUCAACGCUUUGACGAGUACGAACGGAGUAGCUGGGACAAUGAAUGGAGCGUGACUCCAAACUGUUUGUUGAAGACUCUUGAAACUUUCGAGUAUUCAGGGUGCAUGGGAAGACCAGAAGAGAGAGCUUUCUUGAGCUUUUUCUUUAAUAAUGCUCGUUGCCUGAAAUCUACAUCAAUCUUGCGCUAAGACUGAUGUUGAAACUUGAAAAUGAUCUAAUAGUCGGUCGUUUUGGAGUGUGGAUCUUAGGUCUGUUUUGUUGUUCAGGAACUGGUGGGUUCUUUUAACUAUGGAUGUUUGGUUUUGUUUUGUUUGUUUUGUUGUCCAGGAAUUAAUAAAUGUGUAGUGUGACUUGCGAGUCGAACCUCUUAUUUAAGAAGAUACCCAACUCAGGUUGUGUUUCUCUCUUGUCAAAUGAAUUUAUUUCCUCU